AAAUAGGUUGUGUUUGAAUGUUUCGUUCAUGAUACGUAUAGAGCCUCAAGGAGGAAAUUAUUCAUCUUUUGUGUUGAGUCCACAUCAACAUUCACGAAAACCAUGCAAACCAAAACUUGCAUUUUCUCUAUAAUCCUUCUCUUCUUCUUGUCUAUUAAUCAUGCAUUAUCAUCACCACCACCGCCAAUAACUCCGGCAACAAUUUGUAGCUACACCCCUUUUCCAUCCUUCUGCCGAUCAACAAUUCCGGCCGACAACAAAUCCGCCACUAUACACGAUUACGGUCGAUACUCCGUUCAACAUUCCUUAAAAAUGACCAACAAAUUCCUAUCAUUAGUCAAUCGGUAUCUCAGGCAGCGCCGUCGUUUCGGUUUCCCUCAAAGCACCGUUUUAGCACUCCAAGAUUGCCAAUCCCUCGCUUCCUUAACCCGGGAUUUCUUGUCCAAUGCAAUCCGGUCAAUCGGUUCAAUGGCAACACUUCCGACCACCCAAACCGAUUCCACCCAAACCCUUCUUAGUGCAGCCAUAACCAACAUUCAGACAUGCUUAGACGGGCUUCAAGAAACGAGUUCGAGCGUCAAGACAUCUCUUUUAGCUCCGUUAACGAACGGAAGCAUGUCUUACAGCGUUUCAUUAGCCCUUUUCAAGCGCGGUUGGGGCGCUGCCGGCCGGCAUCGGAAAAUUAGCAGUAGUACUAAUUACGAUCGGAUUUUGAACGGUGGGAGAAAGUUGCUACAGAAGGUUGGAAUUAAUGCGAAUGUGAAUCAAAUGGUGGUUGUGGAUCCAAAUGGAAAAGGUGACUUUACGAGUAUUAAUGAUGCCGUGGCCGCAGCUCCAAACAAUACAGCUGUGAGCAAUGGGUAUUACGUGAUAUCCAUUGCUGCCGGGGUUUAUCAAGAAUACGUUAACAUUCCGAUCAACAAAAUGUAUGUUAUGAUGGUCGGAGCCGGAAUAAACAAGACUAUUAUUACCGGUAACCGAAGCGUGGUCGAUGGUUGGACUACCUACAGUUCUGCUACAUUUGCUGUGGUGGCGCAAGGCUUUGUAGCCGUGAACAUUACAUUUCAAAACACGGCCGGAGCCGCAAAACACCAAGCCGUGGCGGUACGAAACGGGGCGGACAUAUCCGCAUUUUACGGUUGCAGUUUCGAAGGAUAUCAAGACACAUUGUACGCACAUUCCCUAAGGCAAUUCUACAAGAACUGUGACAUCUACGGAACCGUAGACUUCAUCUUCGGUAACGCCGCGGCGGUUUUCCAAAGCUGCAACAUCUAUCCUCGGGUUCCAAUCCCGGGCCAAUUCAACGUGAUCACCGCACAGGGCAGGACCGACGUAAACCAGAACACGGGGACUUGUUUACAGAAUUGCACCAUCCGGGCUGCCCCGGAUUUGGCCGCGAGUAACGGAAAGAUCCAAACGGUUUUGGGUCGGCCCUGGAAGACAUAUUCUCGAACAGUUGUCAUGCAGACUUUUAUGGAUGGAUUGAUUAGUCCUGCGGGUUGGGCUGAAUGGUCCGGGAACACUUCGUUGGAUACGUUGUAUUAUGCGGAAUAUGAUAACUCGGGUCCUGGAUCCGUGAUUGCGCGCCGGGUUACUUGGCCCGGUUACCAUUUGAUUAAUGCCACUGAUGCGGCUAAUUUCACUGUUUCUAGUUUCAUUUCAGGAGAUUACUGGUUGACUCAAACUGGAGUUCCCUAUGCUGGGGAUCUGGUUUAGUUUAUUGGGCUGCUCAAAAAUUGUACAUUGCAUGCAACUGGUUAAUUAUUAAUGUGUGAGAAAUUAAUUAUACCGCAAUUCUUCUUUGCUGUAUUGUUAGUUCGUAGUGUAAUUUUAUUAUUUCCUCUUUCUCAAAAAAAAAAUAAAAAUUACAUUGAGAUUUGAAAUUUGUACUAGUACAAAUCUCAAAACUUAAUAUGAACUAUUUUUUUUUUUAAGAUAGAGAUAGUAUUAGAUUAGAUUGAU